AUGAACGUCAAGCCGCACAAACAGUCCAUGUCCGAGCUCAAGCUGCGCAGACUCACAGAGCACAACCAACGCUUGAAAGAGGACCUCGAUCGACCUCGCAUCCGUGUAUCCGAGGCCAGUCAAAGCAUCUAUGGCACGACCUCCAACAUGACGAUUGCAGACUCGUUCUGGUCCUUCGCUCGGCUGUCCGAACCUUGGACUUCGGCUGCGCCACCGCCGAAGCCACGAAGAAGGACCGCCGUCUAUACGCAACAGCACAUCGAGACCAUCGGCGGUGGUAGCACAGAUGUCCACAGAAUCUAUCCUUCAGAUAUUGUGCGCGGACAUCCCCGCCUGCCUGUGGAGCUCAUAGUCCAUAUCGUGCUUGUAGCCGCGCAAGAUAAUGUCGCAAGCAGUCGCGAUACACGGUCGCAGCAGCUGCUAGAGCUGGCGAGGGUCAGUAGAACCUGUCACCGUGCCAUCUUCUCGAUGCACCUUCUUCCCGACGUGCACCUUUACGGUUUGCAGCAGAUUCGCUCCUUCGCCCUUUCGCUCGACGACGAUCGCAUAGGUAUCCGAGCUCUGGCCCGAAGCCGUGUACGUAAUCUCACCGUACGUGCACGAAGCCUCAUCUCUCUGGAGCACGGCUACGGUCCAGCGCUGUUCGACGCCUCUCAAGCUCAAACGCACUUCGAAAAGGACUUGGUCCCUUUCAUCCGGAUCAUCCUGUCGCACUGCCAUGGCCUGCAGACGCUUCACCUCGAAGGUGUGCCGCGCGGACUGCAAAGCCGCUUUGCGCAGACUUCGGCCAAGCUUGGAGGAUACAGCUGUCUGAUGGGACAUUAUGGCGCAGAUCUCGACCGCGGCUUUUGGCUCGCGCAAAGAUGGAACGAGUUGGAGGAUUUGCAGCUACACGGACCCCGCUUCCGAUUCACGACCAACACGGCAGCGACACUUGCUCACCUCCCGAAGCUCAAGAGACUAGGCUUGGUCGUACCGGUCAUCGUACCCACCCUCUCAUCGUCCGAGGCAAAUGGCGAAGGUGCUGGGAUAGAGCUCGACUUGUCGGGAAGUGUCAACCCGCUUCAACUUUUGAUCGAUCGAUGCUCGAAUCUCGAAUUGCUGCUGCUUGUCGGGCAUGCUGAGAAAGAUUACGUCGGCUACAUCGAAAGAUACCGAUAUUCGCUUCGCAGACUACGACGACCUCGAAGGUCAGAAAAGAUUGCUACAGAGACGCGCUUACGACUCGUCACCUCCCUUCGCCGGUACAACACGGCGGAUGAGCACGACACCGUUUCGCCUAAAGGGAGGGUGCACCCGUGCGAGGUAAGCUCAUGGAUGAUGGGUCGAGCUCAGCGUGGGCUGCAUUGGUUCGAGGAUGAGGAGCAGCACCGGUCAUUGGACCACAUAGUCGAAUCGUUCGAGCUAGCCGACCAUCCCUCGAGCGUGUCGACCUCUGUGCCGACAGCUACGACAUCCGCACUCAUGAGCAGGACCGGCAGCAUCACACCCGCGUCGGUCACGGCGGCUUCCCGAAACGCAAGAACGACAGACGAUGCUCUCCGGGCAGUCGACUUGCUUUUGGAUGCCGACGAGGACGACGAAGGAAGCUCGGACGAAUCUUGA